UCCGCCUGGUUUAGUGUUGAGUACAGCAAUGCCGGCAGAUUCCGGCACAGCUCUAGAUGCCAGGAAGAAGUGCUUCAUCAGCAUUCAUGAUGCGGUUAAAGCUGGCAAUGUGGCGGAACUUGAGUUGAUGGUGAAAAAUGGAGCUGGCAUUAACGAAGUGGAUCCCAUUCACAAAUUUACUCCAUUGCAAUGGGCAGCACUCUCUGAUAGUUUAGAGUGCCUGCAUUGGUUGCUAUGGCAUGGUGUGGAUAUGACAAAUGUAACUCCCAGGGGCUGGACUGCAGCCCACAUUGCAGCCAUUAGGGGCCGUGAUGCCUGUAUGCAGGCCUUGAUAAUAAAUGGUGCAAAUUUAACAGUGAAGGAUGAUAGAGGCUGUACUCCAUUGCACCUGGCUGCUUCACAUGGACACUCGUACACUCUUCAGACGAUUCUUCGCAGUGGUGUGGAUACUAAUCCGGCCGAUAAAAACAGUUGGAGGGCAGUUCACUACGCUGCCUUCCAUGGAAGGCUGGGCUGCUUGCAACUUCUGGUCAGGUGGGGAGCAGAUGUGGAUGAAGUGGAUCAGGAUGGGAACUUACCAGCUCAUCUUGCGGCAAUGGAGGGACAUCUGCACUGCUUUAAGUUUCUUAUCUGUCAAGGAGUAAGCACGACACAUAUAUUGACAGCGAGGAAUGACCAAGGUGAAACCCCCAACGACCUUGCAAAGAGGUUCUACAAGGACAACAUAGUACAGUAUAUUGCAGCUGUGGAACACGAGCGGGAUCACCAAGAUGAUGAAGAAAAUCUUGCAUUUCCAGCUCAUGUGAGUGCUUUCAAAGGAGAUCUCGAGGCUCUGCGACAGCUAGUGGAAUCCGGAGUUAUUAACAUCAACGAGCGAGAUAAUAAAGGCUCCACACCCAUGCAUAAAGCUGCUGGGCAAGGUCACCUUGGCUGCCUGCAAUGGCUUAUAGAAAUGGGAGGAGACCACUAUAUUAAAAAUGAUGCUGAAGAGACACCGAUGGACGUGGCUAAGAGAUUUUCCCAGCUGGCUGCUGUUAAGCUCCUGGGAGGAGGCAUAGACAAUGUCUCAGAUGAAGAGCUGAAUAAAGACAAUCCCAGUUUCUUUGACCAACAUGGUAGCGAACGGAGUACGGAUAAUCAAGACAGCAUUAACCACUGUCCUUCUCAGAGAAGGGAAGCUCGAAUGAGAGCAUACAAGAAGAUUGAGAAAUUUGAGCGGUUGUUGCAAAUCGCAAAAAAUAACUACAAGCAACUUGGAGGUAUGCUGGAAGAGGAUCAGCUCCAGCAAAAGGAAAAGAAAGAAGCAGAAAGGCGACUGCAGGAACUGCGGGCACAACUGGAGUAUGAACGUCUACGGCGAGAGAAGUUGGAGUAUCAACUUGAUGACUGCCACACUGAAAUCUGUCAUUUGAAUCAAUGUUUGGAGAAGAUGAAGAUUACCAGCAGUUCUGUGGAAGAAAAUUUUGAAGAACCGUUUAAAGGGAGAAAAACAUUAAGGAAUAAACAGAUGCUGAGCAGUGGAGGCGUGUUUGUGCGAUGCAUCCCUGACAGGAGCAGCUUGAACCACAGACAGCAACGCCCCAGCAAACACGCGCCUUCCACCCAGUUAUCUUCCAUAGGCUCGAGGUUAUCGUCAAUUCCAGAUUAAAGGAUGGAUUAAAUUGCACCCUAUUUUUCACCUCAUAGAAAUACCUAAAUUCUGAAUUUUACCAUGGCUUGGAUAAUUAAUAUUAGAGUUUAAAAAUAAUUGAAGUAUUAUUUCUGUGUCGGGCUACACAAUUAAUGUGUGAAACUAAUGAGUCAGCACAGUGAAUUGUGGUAAAUAUUAACUUUUCAAUUUAGAUACAGAAUAAAUGGCAUAAUUUCAGAUUUAUAUAUGCAAAAAUAUAGUAACAAUUAUGAAAAUAGCUAAAUCUACACUUUUACAAAUUUAAUGAUCAUAUCCACUGUAAUAUUUUACUUCAUAACUUCAAUGCUGCAAUUUUAAAUAUAUCUUCAAAAUAUUUUGUUUGGGCUGGAUGUCUCUGGUUGGUUCUCAUGUAGAGAUUCUAUUGGUAAGUUGAGAAAAUAAACAGGGAGGAUGGAGACCGAAGAAUGAAAGUGCAGCAACGGAGGAGGAGGAGAUGGAGAAGGGAGAAUGAAUGAAGAAGAGGUCUUGGGAGGAGAACUGAAAGAGGAAGGUGUUGCUUUCAUAGUCACAAUAUUAUCAUUUUUAGAAAGAGACGCAGGUGCCUUGUGCCCUAACUGCAGACAGCUUGGGACAGAAGGGAUUGCUUUAACAGUCACCUCAGGGGCUGAUUCCUGAACUCAGCUGGCUGAGGGUGCGGAGGAAAAUUAUGCAACAGGUAAGGUUACACAAACAGGUUAAAUAUGUAAUUGGAAGUUCAGAACUUUUAAUCUGUUCUACAGUGACACCUGUUGACCAGGACUUGCUUCUGCAUGCAGUCUCACAGCAGCCCUUGAGAUUUGCUGAGGCUGGUUCUUGUCCACUUCUCUUCAAAAUAGCA